CGUUUUCAUUGACUCAUUCUCUGCAUAGAUCGCACCCAGAACGAACAGAGACACGCCAAAAACACGGGCCGAUUGAUGAGGAAUGAGCCGGAGCCUUUGGAUUCAUGACAUCCUUCUAAGGUCUUUUCACUGAGUGAGAUCUACAGGGGAGCUUUGAAUGUUCGGGACCGAUCGGAUGUUUAGCUGACUGUGAUUGCAGGAACAUUGUGCGACCAUCAUCAUGGCUGCGUCUGAAUUAUAUACAAAGUACGCACGGGUCUGGAUCCCGGAUGUAGAGGAAGUGUGGAAGUCAGCAGAGCUCACCAAGGACUACAGACAAGGAGACGGAGUACUGCAGCUACAGCUGGAGGAUGGAAAGGAACUGGAGUACAAAUUGGACUCCAAGACGAACAACUUACCACACCUCCGUAAUCCAGAUAUCCUGGUGGGAGAAAAUGACCUGACGGCUCUCAGUUACCUUCACGAGCCCGCUGUGCUACACAAUCUGAAAGUGCGCUUCAUCGAUUCCAAACUCAUCUACACAUACUGCGGUAUUGUUUUAGUCGCUAUAAACCCAUAUGAGACGCUGCCCAUCUAUGGAACGGACAUCAUUAACGCGUACAGCGGGCAGAAUAUGGGUGACAUGGACCCUCACAUCUUCGCAGUGGCAGAAGAGGCUUACAAACAGAUGGCAAGGGAUGAGAGGAAUCAGUCGAUUAUUGUGAGCGGAGAAUCCGGAGCAGGGAAAACCGUUUCGGCUAAAUACGCCAUGCGUUACUUUGCCACGGUCAGCGGCUCUGCCAGCGAAGCAAAUGUGGAAGAAAAAGUUCUGGCAUCAAACCCCAUCAUGGAGUCCAUCGGUAAUGCCAAGACCACCAGGAAUGACAAUAGCAGUCGAUUUGGGAAAUACAUUGAGAUUGGCUUUGAUAAGAAGUAUCACAUAAUUGGUGCGAACAUGAGGACAUAUCUGUUGGAGAAAUCACGUGUCGUAUUUCAGGCGGAUGAGGAGAGGAAUUAUCACAUCUUCUAUCAACUCUGUGCGUCUGCUCACCUCCCGGAGUUGAAAGCCCUGAAACUUGGAAAGGCCGACGGUUUUCACUACACCAAACAGGGCAGGAACCCAGUGAUAGAUGGAGUAGAUGAUGCCAAGGAGAUGUCGACCACCAGAAACGCCUUCACGCUGCUAGGUGUAAAUGAGUCCUAUCAGAUGGGCUUGUUUCAGAUUCUCGCUUCAAUUUUGCACCUGGGGAACGUGGAAGUGAAGGACAGAGAUGCGGACAGCAGUAUUAUUCCACCAAAUAAUGGUCACCUGAGUGUGUUUUGUGAAUUGAUGGGCGUGACAUAUCAAGACAUGUCUCAUUGGCUGUGUCAUAAGAAGCUGAAGACGGCAACAGAGACGUACAUAAAGCCCAUCCCCAAACUACAGGCCAUAAACGCCCGCGACGCUCUCGCUAAACACAUCUACGCCAAACUCUUCAACUGGAUCGUGGACCAUGUGAACAAAGCGCUGCAUUCUACGGUCAAACAGCACUCGUUCAUCGGAGUCCUGGACAUUUACGGGUUUGAGACUUUUGAAAUCAACAGUUUUGAACAGUUCUGUAUUAAUUAUGCCAAUGAGAAACUACAGCAACAGUUCAACAUGCAUGUGUUUAAGUUGGAGCAGGAGGAGUAUAUGAAAGAGCAGAUCCCCUGGACUCUCAUUGAUUUCUAUGAUAAUCAGCCGUGUAUCAACCUCAUCGAGGCCAAGAUGGGCAUCCUGGACCUGCUGGAUGAAGAGUGCAAGAUGCCGAAGGGUUCUGAUGACUCCUGGGCUCAGAAACUCUAUAACACUCAUUUGAAGACGUGUGCACUUUUUGAAAAACCACGGAUGUCCAAUAAAGCUUUCAUUAUUCAGCACUUUGCAGAUAAGGUGGAGUAUCAGUGUGAUGGUUUUCUGGAGAAGAAUAAAGACACUGUGAACGAGGAGCAGAUAAAUGUUCUGAAAGCCAGUAAGUUUGACCUGCUGGUGGAGCUGUUCCAGGAUGAGGAGAAAGCCACGAGUCCAGCCGGUGCUGCUCCUGCCACUGGAGGACGCACUCGCCUCAGCGUCAAACCAGACAAGAACAAAGCAGGCCAGGCCAGCAAAGAACACAAGAAGACAGUCGGACUGCAGUUCCGUAACUCUCUGCAGCUGCUGAUGGAGACACUGAAUGCGACUACGCCACAUUAUGUUCGCUGCAUCAAACCCAACGAUUACAAAUAUGCCUUCACGUUCGACCCCAAGAGGGCAGUGCAGCAGCUGCGCGCAUGUGGAGUUUUGGAAACGAUCCGCAUCUCUGCAGCUGGUUUCCCAUCCAGGUGGACGUAUCAGGAGUUCUUUAGCAGGUAUCGUGUCCUGAUGAAACAAAAAGAUGUUCUGACAGAUAAGAAGAUGACCUGUAAGAAUGUUCUGGAGAAACUGGUGCAGGAUCCAGAUAAGUACCAGUUUGGCAAGACCAAGAUCUUUUUCCGUGCAGGCCAGGUUGCGUACCUGGAGAAACUGCGUGCAGAUAAGCUGCGUGCCGCCUGCAUCCGCAUCCAGAAGACUAUCCGCUGCUGGCUGGCGCACAAGAAGUACCUGCGCAUGAAACAUGCUGCCACAACCAUCCAGAGAUACGUCCGUGGAUACCAGGCCCGCUGUCUUGCAAAAUUCCUGCGUCGCACACGUGCUGCGAUCAUCAUUCAGAAGUACCAGCGCAUGUACGUCCAGAGAAAAUGUUACAAACGCAAGCAGGCUGCCGCUCUGGCCAUGCAGUGCAUCCUCAGGGCGUACAUGGCCCGACAGCUGUACAAAGCGCUUCUGCGUGAGCACAAGGCCAUCCUCAUUCAGAAGAUGGUGCGCGGCUGGUUGGCGCGGCAGUGGUACAAGCGGACGAUCGAAGCCAUCGUGUACCUGCAGUGCUGCGUCCGCCGUAUGCGAGCCAAGAGAGAACUCAAGAAACUCAAGAUCGAGGCUCGUUCGGUGGAGCACUUCAAGAAACUCAACAUCGGCAUGGAGAACAAGAUCAUGCAGCUGCAGCGCAGGAUAGACGACCAGAACAAGGAGAACCGUGUACUCAGCGAGCGUUUGAACACCCUGGAGGUCAGCCACGCUACGGAGUCCGAGCGUCUGCGUGUGGAGUUGACGCGUCUGCGAGGGGCAGAGGAGGACGCCAAAAACAACGCCAACAAAGUCACAUCUCUUCUGGAGGAGCUGGAGCGACUGCGCAAAGAUCUGCAGAACACACAGAAGGAGAAGAAAGCCAUCGAGGACUGGGCACAGACCUACCAGGACGAGAUGGAACAGAUGAUCGCAGAACUGAAGGAGCAAAACCACCUGCUGAAGAACGAGAAAAACGACCUGAACCGACUGAUCCAGGAACAGGGCCAGCAGUGGACAGAGAAAAUGCAGAGGGCACUGAAGGAGGAAACGCAGCAGUUAGAAAACGAUUUAAACGAGGAACGCUCUCGCUACCAGAACCUCCUCACCGAACACCUGCGACUAGAGGAGAAAUACGACGAUUUGAAAGAGGAGAUCACACUUGCUGUAAAUGUUCCAAAACCUGGUCACAGGCGCACAGACUCCACACACAGCAGCAACGAAUCAGAAUGCACCUACAAUUCAGAGUUUGCCGAGUCCGAGGAAGGGACCCGCGGAGGGGAGGAUGUUUCCAAGUCAAUCCUGGACAUGUCCCUGUUCCUAAAGUUGCAGAAGAGAGUAUCCGAACUAGAGCAAGAAAAACAGUCACUGCAGAACGAGCUGGAUCGGAGAGAAGAGCAGUUUCAGCGGGCUAGAGCUAGGGAUGAUGAGGAACAUAAGAAAGCUCGUAGCGCUGAGCUGGAGUAUGAAUCUCUCAAGCGUCAGGAGUUGGAGUCAGAGAAUAAGAAGCUGAAGCAUCAUUUGAAUGAGAUGCGUCAGUCUCUGAGAGGCAGCGCUGAGGCCGGUUCCGCCGCUCCGGGUUCUCCUGCGUACACGGUCCUGCUGGAUCAGCUGAACUCCUCCAACGAGGAGCUGGAGGUGCGGAAGGAGGAGGUGCUCAUACUGCGCUCUCAACUCGUCAGUCAGAAAGAGGCCAUGCAACACAAGGAGACCAUGACUGAACCUUUGCCGUACAUUGAGGAUGUGCAGAAGCUGACUGAUGCCAAGGAGAUCUCCCAGGCCUACAUGGGCCUUAAAGAGACCAACAGAUCACCCAGGUUUACACGCAGACCGACUGAAGUGAACGAGCUUGUGAGCAGGUUGAGAUCCCCCUUCCCUGACUACCAUAAGCUGAAUGAGGAUGGAGAACUGUGGCUGGUUUAUGAAGGGUUAAAGGAAACUAACAGGUUGUUGGAGUCUCAGUUGCAGGCUCAGCGUCGGUCUCACGAGAACGAGGUGGAGGUUUUGCGUGGAGAACUGCAGAGCGUUAAAGAGGAGAACAACCGUCAGCAGCAGCUGUUAGCUCAGAACCUGCAGCUUCCUCCAGAGGCCCGAAUCGAGGCCAGUCUACAGCACGAGAUCACGCGCCUCACCAACGAGAACCUGGAACUUCACUCUGAUGAUCCAAAGGAGUAUAAAGCCUACAGAAUCAGCAUGUUACGCAGGAUGGUUGAUCUUAUGGAGCAACUAGAGAAACAGGACAAGACCGUCCGCAAACUGAAGAAACAGCUCAAAGUUUUUGCAAAGAAGAUCAAUGAUCUGGAAGGUGGUCAGAUGGAUGUGUCUCCAGGACAGACGACCGACGAACCUGUUCAUCCAGUGAACAUCCCACGCAGGGAGAAAGAUUUCCAGGGAAUGCUGGAAUAUAAGAAAGAGGAUGAACUCAAACUGGUCAAGAACCUCAUACUAGAGCUGAAGCCUCGUGGUGUGGCAGUGAAUCUGAUCCCAGGUCUGCCGGCAUACAUCCUCUUCAUGUGUCUGCGUCAUGCCGACUACGUUAACGAUGACCAGAAGGUCCGAUCUCUACUCACCUCUGUCAUCAACAGCAUCAAGAAGAUCCUCAAGAAAAGAGGUGAUGACUUUGAGACGGUUUCCUUCUGGUUGUCCAAUACAUGCCGUUUCCUGCACUGCCUGAAACAGUACAGUGGCGACGAGCAAUUCAUGAAGCAUAACACUCCUAAACAGAAUGAUCACUGUCUCUCCAACUUUGACCUGGCCGAGUACCGGCAGGUUCUGAGUGAUCUGGCCAUUCAGAUCUACCAGCAGCUCAUCAAGUGUAUGGAGAACAUCCUGCAGCCCAUGAUCGUCUCUGGCAUGCUGGAACAUGAAACCAUCCAGGGCGUGUCCGGGGUAAAGCCCACGGGUCUCCGUAAGAGGACGUCCAGCAUCGCCGACGAGGGCACGUACACGCUGGACUCCAUCAUCCGCCAGCUCAACUCCUUCCACUCCAUCAUGUGUCAGCACGGCACCGACCCGGAGCUCAUCAAACAGGUGGUCAAGCAGCAGUUCUACAUCAUCGGCGCCGUCACCCUCAACAACCUGCUGCUGCGCAAAGACAUGUGCUCCUGGAGCAAGGGCAUGCAGAUCAGGUAUAACGUGAGUCAGCUGGAGGAGUGGCUGAGAGAUAAGAACCUCAUGACAUGCGGCGCGAAAGAGACGCUGGAGCCGUUGAUUCAGGCCGCACAACUGCUGCAGGUCAAGAAAAAGACGGAUGAGGACGCUGAGGCCAUCUGCUCCAUGUGUAACAGCCUCUCUACAGCACAGAUUGUGAAGGUGCUGAACUUGUAUACGCCCGUCAAUGCGUUUGAAGAGCGUGUGUCAGUUCUGUUCAUAAGAACAAUACAGACACGUUUACGUGAUCGAAAGGAGUCUCCUCAGCUGCUGAUGGACACCAAACUCAUCUACCCCGUCACCUUCCCCUUUAACCCCUCCUCCCUGGCCCUGGAAACCAUUCAGAUACCCGGCAGCCUCAAUCUGGCCUUCCUCACUCGUGUGUAGACCCGUCAAUCACCUCACCUCGACCAAUCACACGGCAGGAACAGGGAGCCAAAAUAUAUAAAUAAAAAAAAUUAAUGAGCAUAGGUAAAUUAGCCACACACUAAAAGAGAAUGCAAUUUAGACCAUGUCAAUCCUUCUUUUUGCACUUCGUCGUCACUUUUAUUUAUUCAAUAAAAGAGGGAAUCUCACAAAACCAGUCAAGUACAUGUUCAGAUCAUAAAAUCAAAAGAAAUGCAUAAGAAGCUAUAUUUUGCUUAACGAAAAUGAAUCUUUAGGACCACUGAUAUUUUUGACAUUGUGCAUUUUCCCCCAAAAUGCUCAUUACUGAAAAAAUAUUACUCGCAUUAUACAGUAUUUGCUAAAAUAUGCUGAUUUAAAAUAAAUCAUUGGAAUUCACUCGAUUAAUAAUGAAUACCAUGAUUAUUUUUAUUGAAUAAAAUGUAAGGUAUUAUUAAUGAGAAUAAUGUCAUAUCGGUUUCUUCAUUUAUUUUAAUGGAAAAUAUAUUCCUAUAAUGCUUUCUUUUGAUUGACCUGGAUGUUUUUGUGAGAUUCACCUUUUAAACUGGAAUAUUUCAGAGAUGUUUCACUUACUGAACGUUGCGAAAGGAAGAACGAAGGUCAGAAUAAUUCGUUCUAACACUAAUGCCUUCUCAGAUCACGACCAGAAUAAGUUCACGGGGCUGUAUAAUCUUAUACAUAUAUAAAUAUCUAUGAAUAUGUAUGAUGCUAGGAUAUUUUAUUUAUUGCUUUACCCUAUCAGAUAUUUUGUUUUUUCUUUGAGAUGCUAGCUAACAUGGAUAUCCAGUUGCUGAACAUACUCUAGUCCUCAUUGCACUCAUUCAUAUCAGAUUAAUAACUUAGACUCGGUAAAAAAAAGUCCUUGGAGCUCAGCUGACUUCAUUAACGUAGGUGUUUAUUUGUUAGUAGCGUGUGGUGAUGUUGAUUAGCUAAUAAGUAGUCACGUCUGGUGUAACUCUGGCGGAAAGAACACUCUGCAUCCGUGCACAGAGCUCAUCUCUUCCUCAAGAGCUUCCUCGAGUUUACAUCUCUGAUCUUCAGCAGCCAUUUCCAAAGAGAUGGUUCAGUCCAGACCCAGUGCAUGAUGGGAUUGUUUGGGUUUGCAUCAUACUGACCCGCUCUGUCAGCGUCGAGCGUAUCAAGAGCGCGAGAGAUCCGCGUUCCACAGCUUUCAGCAGAGCUAGAGCUAGUUCAGGUGAGAUCUAGACGUUUAAUGGGGUUUCGGGUGGUUUGGGCUUUACACCGUUAGAGUGGUGGGUGAAUCUUAAGAAGAAAUUUCCCAGUGAAAUAUCAAAUGAAAUAAAAUAGAACAUUAAGCCUAUUUUAGGAAUUGCAUUGUUGCAUUAAUUCCAUGACUACAUAUAUUUUCAUCACAAAUUCUCACUAUUGUAAUGCUGUAUAUAAAUCUACUAUCACGACCUUACCAUUUAAAUAUCAUAAUUUAUUAUUUUUUUGUAUUACAGUAAUGAGAACUGAUGGAGAAAUGGCCUUAAUUGUGCAAAUGGUAAAAAAAAAAAUCUUAUCAGUCAUUAUUUACACAGUAAUACACUUAAUUUCUUUAGAUUUUUGUGGUGAAGACAAAUGAGAACAUAGUUUUUGUGAGAUUCAGAAGCGUAUGCACAAAAGCACACUGGAUAUCCCGUACUGAACUAUAAACAAACCCCAAACUACUGACUCUCUCAACACAUGAAGAUGUUUAUCUAAAACCUGCUGUUAUUUAUUUCAGUAUUAUACGUUUUUAAAGAUUCAAAACGGCUGUUGUUUUUAUGGCAUGUGCUGUUGGAUGAGUUAAUAUAUGGACUAUUUUCUUUUUGUCACUUAUUUUGUUUUGUUUUGCUUGUUUGUCUGUUGUUUUCACGUCUGACAGGAUAUCAGUAUUAUCAUGAAUGUGUCAGGCAGCUUUUAUUGGAAAGCUGUUUGUUUUGAUCUGCAACUCCUGAAAUUGAAGCAGUCACCUCAGUGCAACCAUGUUUUCUAUCACACACACAUUCACACACCCUAUCAUAUUAUAUUAUGUGUUAUGUUAUAUCAUAUUAUAUUAUAUUAUAUUAUAUUAUAUUAUAUUAUAUUAUUUUUAAGCUCAAAUAAUGCAUGUUGAUACUACUGUCUAUUGCAUGGGUUUCAGCUUUAAAAUCUUCCACACUAGUUCAGUGUGUUAUUGACCAUUAACACACAGCUUUGAGUCUAAAUAAAGAAUCUUAUGCCAUUUCACUGUAGUGCGCUGAGAUUUUAUCAUGUCUUACUGUAGUUGCAGUGUAUCCCGCAGAGCCUUUGUACCAUUUAUCAGUCUCAACUGAUCAGUCUCAAUGCAAUCAUGUUUGUUAUGCAUAUGUGUCACAAAACGUGUGUGUGUGUGUGUGUGUGUGCACGCAAAGACCAUUUCUAAUACAUUUCGUAUUGUUUUCCAGUGUUUUAUUUAUUUUUUAUUGCAUAUCUUGAAUUUUCCACAUUUUAAGCAUUAGUUGCAAACAAAAAUACAAAUAUCUAAUGGGGUAAGGUAAAAGGUUAAUUCAAAAUAUUCUCUAAAAAUAAGUAUUAUUUUGUUUACAUAUAUUUAGUUUUUUUCUUGCUUAAAUAUUUUUACUGGAAAACAAGACAAAAAAUAGCAUUUUGCAACGUAUUCAUAUUUAGCUCAGAUGAAAUCAAGUUCAGCAUUUCUGUUCUCAUUCAGGAGUUUUAUGAUCAUGGGACCAUUGUGUGUAUGUGACCUUUGCUUUUUGUAUUGUGUUGUUUGUUCAGUUCUUAUGGAAAAAAAUAAAAAUGGUCGGAAGAUUUACAAAUGCAAUUUGAUAGAAAUGCAUAUCACUUCAAAUGGAAAAUAAUGAAAUUGUACUGGAACAACAAAUGAAAAUGUAAAAAAAAAUCACUGAAUGUUGACGUGUUUGUACAUGGUUUUAUUUACAUUGUCACAUCUUAGAUAAAGCCUUACCUCUGAAUGGACAUGUCAACGUAACACUUUUCUUUGUGGCGUUUCAUAUUCUAUUCAUUUGCUGUACAAUUGUGAACUGUAAACCUAUAAUAUUCCUAUUGAAAUGGGUAUACAUUUCCAAAUGCCUCUUUAAAAAAUGAGUUACACAUUUCAAAAAUCUCAGACUUGUUUCACCGAUCCAAGAGCCCUGUUUUAGUCUUUCCUCAGCUCUAAGUUCUGAAGUGGUUUGUAAAAAGUGUCAUGCACAUUACAUCCGCUAGUCCACAGUCUAUCGCUAUCGGCGUUCACGCUUGUAUAAAGACGGCUUAUGCAGACAUUGAUAGUUGCUGUAGUAAUGUAGAUCAGCUGAACAUCUCAUGUUUGCUUCUCCUUCAGCUUGUUCAGACUGGAUUGGGCUGAAUGGGGUCUCGGGGGGGAAUGUCUCUUACUGAAGGACCAGAGAGUUUGUAGUUCCUGUAGCUGUAAUUAUUUCAUGUGUUCAUCAAUGCAAUUUCAUGGAGUGAUAUACUAAUGUCAAAAGCUGUUCAAGUCAAAUAAAUGAAUUCAGCACUA